AGACAGUCCCUUUUGGUUGCUUAGCUUAGUUCGCAUGUUAUUCUCUUAAUGUCAUAUAUUCAUCCAACCUUAUAUUCGCAUGGCAUGGUGACUCUCGAGAAGGAGGGAACCUUUUGAGUAUUAUUGAGAGAUCAUAACAAAUGGAAGAACAAAUUGAUUUGGUGGGGAAGGCAUUUGUGGAUCAUUACUACCAUCUCUUUGAUAAUGAUCGGCCUGCAUUGUCUUCUCUCUACAAGCCUUCCUCCACGUUGACCUUUGAGGGCCAUAAGAUACAAGGUGUUGAGGACAUCACUGCUAAGCUUAUCAGUCUUCCAUUUGAUCAAUGCCGACAUGUAAUCAGCACCAUUGAUUCGCAACCUUCUUUCUCUGGCGGCAUUGUCGUCUUCAUCAGUGGCAGUCUCCAGUUGUCUGGAGAGGAGCACCAUUUACGGUUCAGCCAGAUGUUUCAUCUAAUCCCCAUGCUUGAAGGAAACUUCUACGUGCAGAAUGACAUAUUCCGCCUGAACUAUGGAUGAAUGGUUCUUUUUCCCAUUCAAUCAUUUAUUGUUCAACAUACAUUUCUUGGAUAAAACUCUAUAAUCACUGAUCAAUUUGUUCCUUUAGUAUCGUUAUAUUCAUUGUUGUCUGCAUUUAUCCUCCUCCUUGGAUUGCUAAAGUUGUAGUUUACAUCAAAGGCUGCCUGCCUGCAUUGUUAUUUCGGUUUAAUAUAAUAAGAGAUUGCAAUAUCCGUAUUCGCGUUUUAAGCUUAAA